GACAGGUAUGCGCAAUAAAAGUUGAGUUCAUUAAGUCUAGUAAUUUCCUGAUGUACUCUUAUUUACAAUCCCGCAAUCCUAUUUAUACGAUUAUUUAUUUUUGCACUUGUAUUUGAUGUCCAAAGAUGAGGAGACAGACACGUGACUUAUUUGCUCGAUUUUUCAGAGGAAAUUGUGUGUUAUCUUGAUAAAAUUGUAGUAGGGGGGAAACCUGUUCGUAAUUGGUGCGUUGCGGUGAAUUUUGGUUUUGCGGAGAAGGUUUGAGGGAUAAUUAUGCCACGAUGUCGGAUCGUGGAUGAGGAAGACGAGUGGUCGGGGUCUUUCGGUGGGAUCGAUUGCGAGGAGGAAGGGGAUGGGGAUGGAGAUAAAAAGUGGAGCUCCUGCCUGUUAUAGUCAGUUUCAAACACGGAGGUCUCCAAGAUUAUUUUCACUUGCCUCAGGAGAAGUUCCACCAUCUUCCGAGGGAAUUCAUUUAUUUAUUUUUCGUUGAAUUCUAUUGGAAGAGAUAAAAUGCCGGGACAAGUGCAGGAGCAAAAAGUUAAACGUGCGACAUUCGGCAUGGGCUGCUUCUGGGCAGGUGAUGCUCUAUUUGGAGCAACACCAGGUGUCAUCAGAACUUGCGUUGGAUAUGCUGGAGGCAGUAGACCUUCUCCAACUUACAAGAAUAUAGGAGAUCAUACAGAGGUCAUCGACAUCGAGUACGACCCGACAAUCAUAUCCUUGAACCAAUUGCUGAGCUUAUUUUGGAACAACCACGAGUACGGUCUCACAACGAAGAUCAAGGCUCAGUAUGCUUCAUUGAUUCUUUACCACGAUGAGGAGCAGAAAACUAUAGCCGAGAAGUCACGUGUUCAUGAACAGAGAGAACGUGGCGAGCACCUGACGACAACAAUCAAGGCCUUUGAAAAGUUCUAUCCAGCAGAAGAUUAUCACCAAAAAUAUCGUUUGAGAUUGCAUCCCUGGCUGUUGGAGUCCCUCGGCAUCACCUCGGACGAGGUCAUAAAAACUUCUCCCCUAGCUGCUAAACUCAACGGGUACGUAGCCGGGGCUGCGACCCUGGAGCAGUUCGAGAGUGAUGAUCUCUGUCAGAAUCUCAAUGAGAAACAGUAUCAGUAUUUGAAGGAGUGCGUUAUCAAGACUCAGGGCACUGGACUCUACUGCUAGCCCAUUAUAAUUACAAAAAAAAUCCAUGGAUUUCAUUCAUCAUAGAAUUUCAAAUCUCAAUUGGUCAUCAUUUAAUGAGACAGAGAGAAAGUUAUUAUUUGAAGGACAAAUCAGGUUGACGUUAUCCAUUCCAGAAGAUUUCUCUUUAUUUUCAAGAUGAUUGAUUUGCCUCCAACAUUAAGUUGGAGAUCUGACUAACGUGGAGCCUGGAGUUCUGCGUUUUCUGGUCGUCACAUCGUCAAUGAAAAUUGUUCGAUUCUAUUUGUCUUUAAUAUUUUUUAUCUCAACGAGGAACAAUAUCAGUAUUUGAAUAUUUGCUAGCCCGUUACAAUGGCAAAACAAAUCCAUGGAUUUCAUUUAUCAUAGAAUUUGAAAUUAAAACUCAUCGCCAUUUAAUGAGACGCAGAGAGAAAGAUUUCUUAUUUGAGAAGUAAAUUCACAGACUUCAAGUAUUUUUUUUUUCUCUGCAGCAGAAUUCAGUAUCAUCUAAUUUCAUUGUCAUAUUUUAAUUUAGUCUAAUUGAAGUAUUUCGAGAUAAUGAUCAUAUUUACGGAUUAAUGAAGCCUUUAGAAUAUUGUUAGCUCACGCAUUUGUACAUCACUUUAUGAAUAAAUUCUACAAUAAAAAACGAGACAAAAGUUAAUUCCUUCAAUAAA